AUAUUGUUCGCAUUGCAUUGGCUUUAUUGGUUUCCCUUUUAGUUUUCGAAGCGUUCUCACAGCUGACGGACGCGGUGUUGCUUAGCUUUGCCGGUAACGCGCGUUUUUUUUUUCUUCUGCCCAGCUCAGUGAAGUGCACAAUUACCUCUGAUAAUAAACGGGGAGAAACGAGUUUAUAAAUAUUGUUAUAUGGAGUACUAGAACGAAGAGAAGAUUUACAGUAGCAAUUUGCCGGAAUUUGUAUUACGUGUGAUAAUAUUUUCAUUUCGUUAAUGCCGCCGUGCAUAAGACGAGAGCAGUGUGUUUUGUUUGGAAGCCAAAAGCUUUUUUCGUGUACAUAGAACGCGUGGUAAGUGCGUCAAGAGAGACAUUUGGUGGCAGCUCUCUCUGUUAAGCGAAGAGAGCGCUCGAGAAAAAAAUACGCUUACUCAUUGGUGGUGUGCCAGAGGUCAGAAGGGCAAAAGAGCGUUAGAAUUUUCUGGAUAUAUAAUGGAAACUAUUGAAGAAAUUGGUGGCUUGCUGCGGGCUUCAUUAAGUGGCAAACUCAGAGACUACGACGACGACGACGUCGACUCGAAGAGCAGACAGCCAGGUUGUUUUGUUUUGGACGUUGGCAACGUUGUCGCAGUUAUGGAUUCACCAACACCGCCAAUUGUCAUCGACGAUUCGAACGGUUCAGCAAUGGACGCCUGUUUCACGGCAUUCGACAAGGAUGGCGAUGACCGCCUGAAUCUGGAUGAGUUUACGCUAAUCUGCCGUGCUCUGUUCCGCAACGACAAGGGCCACAUCUACGACGUACCACACGAACGCCUCGAGCAAAUAUUCGCCGUCUUUGAUACAAACGGCGAUGGGUUCAUCGAUAGGGAGGAGUUUAAAUUUUGCUGGAAUCAAUGGAUAAAAACGAUUGUGCGACCGGUGAACGCGUUUCUCAUUGUUGAUGUACAAAAUGAUUUUAUAAGUGGUUCCUUGGAUAUAAGUAAUUGCAGUGCACAGCAGCAAGGACACGAGAUACUGGAGCCCAUUAACAAGCUACUCGACACCGUGGACUUUGAUGCGGUCUUCUAUUCUCUAGAUUGGCAUCCUAGCGAUCAUGUUUCCUUUAUUGAUAAUGUCAAAAUGCGAGCCAUGGACGAGGCAUCAUCGCUGGAUGCUGAUUCGGCAAAGGUCUUCGACACGGUCAUCUUUGCUGGGCCGCCGCCAAUGAAGCAGCGUCUGUGGCCACGUCAUUGUGUGCAGGACUCGUGGGGCGCGGAGCUUCACAAGGAUCUCAAAGUGGUCGAUCAUGGCAUCAAGGUGUACAAGGGCACCAAUCCCGAGGUGGAUUCGUACUCGGUGUUCUGGGACAACAAAAAGCUGUCGGAUACCACACUUAAUGCGCAGCUAAAGAUGAAAGGCGCCACAGAUAUCUAUGUGUGUGGAUUGGCCUACGAUGUGUGUGUGGGUGCAACUGCGGUGGAUGCUCUCUCAGCUGGUUAUCGCACCAUUCUGAUAGAUGACUGUUGCCGUGGCACCGAUGUCCAUGAUAUUGAGCACACCAAGGAGAAGGUCGUGACCAGCGAUGGCGUUAUAGUUCACACCAAUGAGGUCAAGGCCAUGGCCGAGGGUCGAGAUCGUCGCCCGGAGUUGGGCUAUAAACUGGCCAUGGAACUAAAAAGUCCCGAUUCGGUGCUGUCGCAACGCAACGGAUUUAGGCCAUCAUUUUAACCAAGUGCAGUGCAAUUGAUUAAGGUUUAAAGACAUCACAAAAUAUCACAGAGCUAAGCAAAAUCACACAAGGAAUAUGGAAAUGAAUAAUGACAAAUUUAGUUAAAGUAGUUAAUGUUUAGUGCGUUUUAGUUAAACAACAAAAUGGAGAAACAAAAAUAAACAAUCACAAGUAUCAAGUGCCUCGCAAUAUGUAGUUGAGCUAGCUUUUGCUAAAAAAGGACAUUGAACAAUUUUGGAAAUAACUUAAAUAAUUGCGAAAUAUUUUGGUAGCAUUACAAUUUUUAUAUACUCGUACUUAAUACAAAACUAAUCUUGAAUUUUGUGUGUCUAUUGACAGGGUAUAAACAAAUGAAAUGAGCUUAAGUAUUACAUAACAUAAUUAUUCCUUUACUUGGCACCUGUAUUACAAUUACAAGUUUCAAUCAAGCAAUCAGCAAAUGUUGUAUACUGCACCUGUUUCAACAAAUACAAAUACAAUUUUAAAUACA